CAAAGAAACAGACAGUAAUGGCCAUUGGAGACAGCUCAUCAGCUUCCUCUAUAAAAGCUGUGCUUUAAACAAUUUCAAGCAACAAAGAGCAAAUCCUGAGCUUAAUUAGGAUCUUAAAAUGGUCUCAACAAUCUCACUAUCAAUCCUCUUACCACUAAUUCUGACACUAAUUCCAGGCUCUGAUGCAGGCGGAAUAGCAAUCUAUUGGGGUCAAAAUGGAAACGAAGGCACCUUAGCGGAGACUUGCGCGACAGGGAACUACGAUUUUGUAAACAUAGCAUUUCUACCCACAUUUGGCAAUGGCCAAACUCCUAGAAUCGAUUUGUCAGGCCAUUGCGAUCCGUACAGCAAUGGCUGCACAGGUUUAAGUUCUGAUAUAAAAUCGUGUCAAGCUAAAGGUAUCAAGGUAAUGCUGUCUAUUGGUGGAGGAGCGGGGAGUUACUAUCUUGCAUCAACUCAGGAUGCUAAACAAGUUGCUGCUUAUCUCUGGAAUAACUUUUUAGGUGGUUAUUCUUCGUCUCGGCCACUCGGUCCAGCGGUUUUGGAUGGAAUUGAUUUUGACAUUGAAGGAGGAACAAAUCAACAUUGGGAUGAUCUCUCGAGAUUUCUUAAAGCUUAUAGCAAGAAAGGUAAGGAAGUGUACUUAACCGCAGCUCCUCAAUGCCCAUUUCCUGAUGCUUGGGUAGGAAAUGCACUUAAAACAGGUCUUUUUGACUAUGUUUGGGUUCAGUUUUAUAAUAAUCCUCCAUGUCAGUAUUCUUCUGGGAGUAUUACUAACCUUGAAGAAGCUUGGAAGCAAUGGGUUUCGAGUAUUCCUGCGAAUAAGAUUUUCUUGGGAUUACCUGCUGCUCCUGAUGCAGCUGGGAGUGGGUUUAUUCCUAUAGAAGAUCUUACUUCUCAAAUUCUUCCUGCAAUUAAGGGUUCUGCUAAGUAUGGAGGGGUUAUGCUUUGGUCUAAAUAUUAUGAUGAUGAAACUGGUUACAGCAAGGCCAUUAAGAGCACUGUGUAAUUGCAUUUUUUUUUUUUUUACAAAAUUCCCUUUUACGGGAGUUCAAAUAUUCAUAUGUAUUUCUACUUGUAGUAAUAUCUCUCUACAUAAAUAUAAUAUUGUGUGUGUGUGUG